AUGGAGAGCGCAUCAGGAGGCGGUGCGCGACCGGCAAAGAGGCGACGGACAGUGCAGAACAGCACGGAUGCCGAUGGCAGCACAGCCAAGGGGCCGACAGAUUCGGUGGAUCUGACGGCAUUUAUGGGCAGCUUGCAGCGGGAGAUUGGCGACUUGCACCGGAGCAUCAAAGCCAGCAAGGACAGCCGGGUGGAAAAAGCGUUCCAGCGGCUGCCGCGGGGAAUGCGGAGACGGACGGCCAGCCACGAUGCCAAGCGGCUACCGCGACGGCUGCAGCAGCAGGCACGACGAGACCAGGCAGCGGACAACACGCCCAGCGUGGCGGUGGGACUGGCGAAGCGGCGGCGGGGUCAUCCUCUCCCAAUCGACCAGCUGCGCCUACCCACGCACAUGUGGCUGGCCAAGCGUGCUCACAUGGCCUGUCCGGGCGCGCUCUGGCACGCCGUCGUGGCCAAGACGCCGGCCAACAAGACGUACCGGGCAUCGCUGCGGUCGGCCGGGCUGCGCCCGGGCACCUGUCUGAGCUGGGACACGAGCUACAUGGCCGUGCUGCGGCUGCAGGCCGACGAUGCCGCCCAGCUGGACGCUGUCCUGGCUGCCGUGAUUGAGCCGGCCCUGCUGCAGCGUCCGGGACUGCGCCGUGGUGCCUGCUGCAUCGACGCGAAGCUGCCACGACGCUAUGGAUACCAGGAGGGCGGCCUUGCCGGAGGGCUGAUGGCAGGGCCGGGAAACUGCGGCGCCAUGACGCUGUUUUAUAACCCAAAGGCUGACAGCACCGCCACAAACGCCACAACGGAAGCCCUCCUUCGCGUCCACCCGACCAUCUUCUCCCACGUCUGGACGACGCUUGUUGCCGUCGUACGCCGUCGCCACCUCGCUGUUACCAUCCAGGACCUGCGCAUGGACAUUGGCAGCAUCGAAUUGACCGGCAGCUGCGCCGUCGACGCCCUGCUGGCCCUCCUGCGACCCUGCCGGCCCGACGAUCCCCAGGCAGCCGACUUUCUGCAACUGCGUGCCGUCGACGCCAGCGCCCUGGCCCCAGCCAGCGGUGCCAUGCUGGCUUUUGACGUGCAAGAUCCACGAUACGAUGUAGAGGAGGGAAACGAACAGAAAGUCGGCCAUCUGGACCCCGCCUCGGCUGCCGAAUGGCCGGCCAGCAGCAACGUCACCCGCCAGCCGUCUGGCCUCUUUGACGACACGCUGCGCCGACAGGCCGCCUGGAUGCCGUCACAGCAGUCUCUGGACCGUCGCCGUGGAAAGCUGCCCGUCAACAGCCGGCUGUUAUCUACGCCGUCUGACCGUCCAAUUCCCGUCAUUCUCGCCGUCGCCGGCGCGGCCAUACCGCUCUCACCUGCUGCUCCAUCGGUAUCGUCUUCGCACACCAGCCCCUCUUGGACCCUGCUGGCUCCCCGGGGCUGUAUUGAUGUCUUCUGGCGUGUCCUCCACCGCCAGUCGCUUCGCAGCAGCGGCCGUCGGCCCCUGCUGGCCGGCCUCGAUGAGGACCGCUUCGUCGCCCUCGAGCGAGGCCAACCCUGGUUCCCCGCCGACUUUCCCGGCACUCCCGCCGGCUGGGACUGGGAGCUCGACAGCCGCCGCGCCGCCAAGGUCGCCUGGGACAAGACCCCGCCUGCCAAGCGGCCCCAAUGGUCCGCCGUCGACCUCGGCGGCACCAAAAAGGGCGAGCUCGGCUCUGGCUUCGCCUGCGACUGGGAACACCUCUUCGGUGUCGACCCCGUCUCUACCGCCGUCGCAACAGCCACGGACAGCAACAGCGCAAGCGCGGACUUGCCCCCAGAGGAGGUCCAGUUUGAGGCCCUCCGCCUGCCCUGUGAUCUGGUGCGCGAGAUGCAUCACGUGACCUGGGCCGAUCUGCGCACAGCUGCCGCCUGUCUGCGCCUCCCAUCGCCACAAGAGCAGCAGCAGCAGCCGGUAUGGCGGAAGCCCUUUGCCCUGGCCACCGUCUCGGUCGAGAUGCUGGGCCGUGGCACGCCUCUCGCACGCGCCCGCAUCUACCGCCUGCCCACCGACGACGCCGACCGGCGCCGCCUCUGGCGCGCCCUUGCCGACAACGACAGCCACCACGGCCACCAGACGCAGCAGAACACGAUGCGCCGCAUGCCACCCGGCGCAGACAUGGCCACGCGCAAGCGUCUGCUCGCCCAGUCGCUGCUCGAAACCCCGCUGCCAUACCCGGCCAGCAGCCUCGCACAGGCCCGCCAGCAGCAUCUGCCUCUGCCUGACGCCACCGACCUCAUCGGCUUCGUCACCAGCGGCGCCCAGCGCUUCCAGACUGGAAAGGGCUUUGCCAUCGGCCACGUCGCCGCCCAGAAGCUCGCUGAGGCUAUGGUCGCCGCCGAAGCCGACGUGCAGCAGCAGCAACAGCAGCGACAACACAAGAAACAGACUGCGGCCCGUCUGUGCAUCGUGCGCAACGUCGGCGAGACCGUUGGCUGGCUCGCUCGCUGGACUGUCCUCAGUUGCUGA